GCUCCUACUUUUCAGUUUCCUACCUUUGUUGUUAUAUUCCACGGUCCAUGCACACCCGUUGACGGCUUGCAAAUUGCAAAGUGUGCGUCUAUAUAUAUUUAUGUAGUCUGCAUCUGCAUUCAGUUGUUGUUGUAGUGAUCUGAGUGUUGGUGGUGUGCAAUGGGAGAAGCUAAUGAUGGCCCAGCCGAAGUUCACCCGGAAGAGCAUUUUUCCAUUGAAAUCCCUGACACUGCUCAUCAGAUUAGCCAAGAUUCAUGGUUACAAGUGGGAUUCGUUCUGACCACCGGCAUCAAUAGUGCAUAUGUACUAGGAUACUCCGCUGCAGUGAUGGUUCCUCUUGGUUGGGCAGGAGGUGUGGUUGGUCUGAUUUUAGCCACGGCUAUAUCAUUGUAUGCAAAUGCUCUAAUUGCCAGGCUCCAUCUAUUUGGGGGGAAGAGGCACAUCAGAUAUAGAGACCUUGCAGGAUUUAUAUAUGGAAAAAGAGCUUAUGCUCUUACAUGGGCGUUGCAGUAUGUUAAUCUUUUUAUGAUUAAUGUUGGAUAUGUCAUUUUGGCUGGUCAGGCUCUAAAAGCUAUUUAUGUUCUAUAUACAGAUGAACAUACCAUGAAACUCCCCUACUUCAUUGUUAUUGCUGGAUUCACAUGUGGUUUGUUUGCAAUUGCAACCCCUCAUCUGUCAGCUUUGAGGGUCUGGCUUGGAAUUUCAACAGUCUUUAGCCUUAUCUACAUUGUUGUCGCCAUUGUCCUGUCAGCUCGAGAUGGAAGUAGAAGUCCACCUAGGGAUUACGACAUUCCUGGAACAAAGAUAAGCAAGGUUUUUACUACUAUUGGUGGAAUGUCGAGCCUUGUUUUUGCUUUCAAUACAGGAAUGCUUCCAGAAAUUCAGGCCACUGUGAGAGAGCCUGUGGUCAAGAACAUGAUGAAAGGCCUUUACUUUCAAUUCAUAAUAGGUGUUUUGCCUCUAUAUGCUGUUGCUUUUGUUGGAUAUUGGGCCUAUGGAUCCGAUGCAUCUGCCUAUUUACUCAACAGUGUUAGCGGCCCAGAUUGGGUGAAGACCGUCGCCAAUGUUGCUGCCUUCCUGCAAACUGCUAUUGCUUUGCAUAUAUUUGCAAGUCCAAUGUAUGAGUAUGUGGACACCAAGUAUGGCAUUAAAGGAAGUGCAUUGGCAUUUCGCAACUUGUCUUUCAGAAUUAUGGUGAGAGGAGCGUAUCUAGCUCUAACAACAUUCGUGGCAGCUAUACUGCCUUUUAUUGGAGACUUCAUUAGUCUCACAGGGGCAAUCAGCACAUUCCCCCUCACAUUCAUUCUUGCAAACCACAUGUACGUGGUUGCUAAGAAGCACGAAUUAAGUUCUCUAUCAAAGAUCUGGCACUGGCUCAAUGUCGUUUUCUUCAGCUGCUUGUCUGUUGCGGCUGCAGUCGCUUCAGUGAGGCUUAUUGUUGUAGACUCCAAAACCUACGAUAUCUUUGCUGAUUUAUAGUUUUGGCGAUUCAGUUUGAAGAUGUCUUGUUACUGUAUAUUUUCAUAUCAUAGUUUGAAGCUAUCUAAAAGCUUGUAGAUAGAACAUUCCAUAUAUUUUCUGAUUUAUACAAAUACAUAUUAUACUUGCGAACA